GACAGAUCCAGAUCGAUGGAAAAGAGGUGAAGAACCACCAUCGAACUUCGCGGCUGCAGAUUUCUUGUACUUGUUGUAAUUUCUUCUCACUUCAAAACCUCAUUACGCGCACUGAUCCUCCUGCUCGCCAAACUAAGAAGAUGCCCAAAUCUUCACCUUGCGUCUCCCUCUGGCUGGCAUCUUUGGCCUCUUUGGUGGUGCAAUCGGUGCUCUCUUCCUCCUACACGUCUUCCUCGGCAUAUCAGAGACCAGGGGCCAGUGCGAAGCGGCCGGGCUUCAUGGAGAGGACGCUGAUUCUCCUGGAUGUAAACACCCGCAGUCCGAUCAGAGUCCUUAACGAGAACUUCCUCUCUCUUCAGCUGGACCCCUCGAUCAUCAAAGACGGCUGGCUGGACUUUCUGAGCUCCAAGCGGCUCGUGACCCUGGCGCGCGGCCUGUCGCCCGCCUUUCUUCGUUUUGGAGGAAAGAGGACCGACUACCUUCAGUUCAACAACCACAAGAACCUGGCGAAGUUCAGAGGACCGGGACCAGACUAUUACCUGAAGAACUACGAGGACGACAUCGUGCGCAGUGAUAUUGCAUUGGACAAACAGAAGGGCUGCAAAGUGGCCAACCAUCCUGAUAUAAUGCUGGAGCUACAGAGAGAGAAGGCUGCAACCACACAGCUCGUCCUGCUGAAAGAGCAACUGUCCAACAUCUACAGCAACAUUACAAUAACAGCCAGGUCUUUAGACAAACUGUACAACUUUGCCGACUGUGCCGGUCUGCAUCUGAUCUUUGGGCUCAACGCGCUGCACAGAAACCCAGACAACUCCUGGAACACCUCCUCCACCCUGAGCCUCCUCAAGUACGGAGCCGGCAAGAAGUACAACAUCUCCUGGGAGCUGGGCAACGAGCCUAAUGCUUACCGCAGCAUGGUGGGUCGAGCGGUCAACAGCACCCAGUUAGCUCAGGACUACACCAAGCUGAGGACCCUGCUGCAGUCUGUGCGCUACUACCAUCGAGCUCACCUCUAUGGACCUAACGCGGGACGGCCGCGGAAGAAUGCCAUUCUGCUGCUGGACGGGUUCAUGAAGGAUGCCGGCUCUGUUGUAGACGCAGUUACGUGGCAACAUUACUACAUGGAUGGCAGAGUGAACAAAGUGGAGGAUUUCCUAAAAACUCGCUUGUUGGACACACUAACAGAGCAGAUCACUAAAGUCACCAAGGUUGUGAACACACAUACACCUGGUAAGAAGGUGUGGCUGGGUGGACUGGGGCCAGCGUGGGCAGGGGGCGUCAGUAAUCUCUCAGAUACAUACGCUGCUGGCUUUCUAUGGGUAAACACUCUGGGUAUGGCUGCUCUGCAGGGGAUCGAUGUCGUCUUGCGUCACUCUUUCUUUGACUAUGGAUACACACAUCUUGUGGACCAGCAAUUUAACCCUUUACCUGAUUAUUGGUUCUCUUUGGUCUUCAAGCGCCUGGUUGGUCCAAGGGUGUUGGCUGUUCGGGUGGCUGGACUACAGAGAAAACCGCAACCAGGACGAGUCAUACGAGACAAGCUGCGUAUCUACGCCCAUUGUACCAGCUACUACAAUCAUAACUACGUGAGAGGGUCCAUAACGAUCUACAUCAUCAACCUGCAUCGAUCGAGGAAGAAAAUCAAGUUGGCGGGGACGUUACGGAACAACACUGUCCAUCAGUACCUGCUGCAACCCUUCGGUCCGGACGGACUCAGAGCCAAAUACGUCCAGCUGAACGGUGAGAAGCUGCUCAUGAUGGAUAAUGAGACGUUCCCUGAGCUGAAGCCAAAAACACUGAGGGCUGGACGGACAAUAGCCAUGCCUCCCAUGACCAUCGGCUUUUAUGUGGUCAAAAACAUAAACGCAUACGCCUGCAGGAGAUAACACUGACCCCCUUCAUCUCUGAGACACAAGCGACAAAAAACAUCAACCAUCAACCAUCUGCCAGUCUGACUUAAAAGCUUCAAACCACUCUAAUAAUCUUACUGGGGAAACACACUCCAUCACCUCUGUUAAUAUAUUUGUUUUAAGUUCUUGUCAACGGUGCAAUCCUCCACACGUUUUUCAGUACUAAUAUUUAAACUGCUCUGAAACAUUACACAUGAUCCUGGAUAUAGAUUUUCUUUUCUCUUUCUGCUCCAUCAAAGACAUACAGUACCUGCCCGAGUGACUUAAAAAGGGCUGCACUGAACACUUAGUCAAUUCUCUUCACCAGCAAUUCCUUAAGAUUUAAAGGUUUUUGGGUUUUCUUUUUGUAGUAACAAAAUAGAAAUAUCAAAUGAGUCUACAAUAUUUAACCUGUUUAAGCUAUUUUCUUCUUCUUCUGGGUUUAUAUAUUUUUACUUUUGCACUCUCUUUCCCCCCUAAUCUUUCUCUGGGUGACGGACAAAACGUCUGAGAGAAAUCCUCUGAACAGGCGGUGAAUCUGAAGCUAACACAAGUCAACUUCAGUUUAGCUUGAUCCUUUCCACACAGAGAAAACGCUGCCGUGUGUUCAAGGUCAUUCCUGGACUUACCAAGAUCUCUGUGUGUGUUACGUGUGUGUGUGUGUGAGUGUGUGUGUGUGUGUGUGUGUGUGUGUGUGUUCUACUGAUAAAGCUACUGAUGUGUGUGUCCAGUCUGUUGAACGGGCCUCUGAAAUGUUUCUUUCCUUGCUGUAUCAGGUUGUUUAAAGCAGAAAUCAGUUUCUUUUCUGUUUCUGUGUGUUUUGUUUGUCACAUGUCCUCUGCUGCAGGUUUUAAUCAGCACACCCACACAGUGCGAUGGCCAGGAUGUGUUGCUGGUGUUGAAGCUGAAGAACACAGUGAACCCAUCAUUAGCAUUCAUACUCACAUGGCUUUCAUCCUCACAUAGUCUGGGAUCGCUUUGGACUCAAAAACUCUGAAAAAGCAGUUCAUCAGGUGUAUUUGUCUCUCACUCUCUUCAGUGUGAUCUCACGUUCGAUUAUCUUCUUAUGCUGCUAGGUUUUUUUGUACUGAAUAUUCAUGAUAUAUUUGACAUUAUUUGUACAGAUUUACUACCAUUUAUUUUAAGAUAAUGUAUUGUACAUAAGAAGAGGGACUAAAAGAAGUGACUUAAGCUUGUUAUGUUUGCUCACAUAAAGUACACCUUAUUUAUAUAAAAUAUACUUUGCUUUUUUAUGUUUCUUUCUUAUUUCUUUAUUAUCUUUCUAGGCCCCUGACGAGAGAAAACGUAGAAUUUCAUUCAGAACAUUUUCAUUAAAUUACUGCGUGUCUACGUGUAAAGAUGUAAAUGUCAGUCGCAGACAGAAAGGGAAUUCAUGAGUCGCGUUUCACAUCUGCCUUUGUUUCGAUUUUAUGGCUUAAUUUUUUAACCAGCCCUUUUUUUUUUUUAAAGUGGGAUUUUUUUGUUUUUCUAGGACCACAGAGUAAGUAAAUUCUUUCCCUGAAAUGAUUUGGUCAUGUUGCUCAUUUUUAGCUUAUUCCUCCAACAACUUUUACACGUUUGAAAAUAAGCAGGAGCAGGUUAUGUGCCUGACCAUAUUAAAUAUAAUAAGUCAGUCCUCUGAAUGUGUUUAUAGUUAAAUUAGAGAUGUCUAUAUUUCUUUUGGAGAGCAUUAUUUUGAUAUGUAAAGUGUGCUUAUAUAUUAUUUUUUGUUAAGAAAAAGUUUACAUUGAUAAUAAACUCCU